AUGUCUCGCUCGGGUCAAGCAGCUCUCUCUCCACAGCAAGCAUUACAAGCUCCAUCUUCGUCCAAGACACCCACAUCAAGCGCUCAGAAGCGCAGGAAGAAGCGUGAUCACUCUGCUAGUCCAGCCAGUCGAGGAUCCCCUGACCGUUUCAUUGCUGGUGCUUCUCGACAAAAGUACUUUUACGACUCGCACAGUGAACACUCGACACCCUCACCCGCCAAGAGCAGUGUCAGUGAUGCAUCGCCCGCACAGCGUUUCGACAAGGACCUGGCUGACGCUCUUGGCUUGGGAGCGGAUCCAGGACGCGUGCAUUCGUAUGCGCAAAAAGUAUCACAGACUACAGCGCUGCGGGAGACUGCUGUGGAUCAAGCAGCACACUUGGCAUCACCAGGAAAAGACUCGCCUAGCAAGACACCUCUUGAGCUCAAGCCCUUCCGUGUGCUCGAUGCUCCUUCCCUAUCGGAAGACUUUUAUUCCUCAGUCAUCGCAUGGUCAUCUGGCUCCCAACUAGCAGUCGGCAUUCACGCAGACGUGCAUCUCUGGUCUGAAAAGUCAUCACACAAGCAGAUCAGCGGUCUGACGAUGGACGGGGAUCACAUAACUGUUCACGCGCCCGUAACGUCUCUUGCCUAUUCGCUGAACAACAAGUGGAUCGCUAUUGGUCGCCGGGAUGGAACAUUGCAUCUGCAUACCAAGAUCAGCGACGUCAAACCGGCCACCAUCAUGUUGGACGGCGACUUGGGCUGUCUUGCCUUUCGACCACGUCUGGUAGCAGCUCAUGAAGAAGAACAUCUCCUAGUCGGCGGCUGCAAUGGUCAUGUCCACCACUACGUCUUUAGUAUUUCAACACGCGAAGCUGGAGUGCAAUACAGACUACUUGGAGUUGCACGAAGGGGUCAUCGCGAACAAGUCACGGGACUCGCAUGGAGUUCAGAUGGCGAGCAAUAUGCCAGCGGUGGCAACGACAAUACAUGCUAUCUCUAUGACGCGCAAAACUUGUUCACUCCCAAGUACUGCUUUCGAUUUGCCGUCAAAGCACUAGCCUUUUGCCCAUGGUUUCGAGACUUGCUUGCAGCUGGCGGUGGUGCUACUGACAAAACAAUCCGCUUCUUCAAUACACGGACAGGACAGAUGAUUAGCAAAUUCGACGCUCAGGCACAAGUCACAAGUCUGCAUUGGUCUCCCGAGUACAAGGAGUUGGCAGCAACUUUCGGCUACUGCGCUUUCGCAUUACGCACACAGCCCUCCGCUUCGCCCAGCAAAAUCCCUGCAUGCAGACGUGCUGCUGUCUAUGCGUAUCCAUCAAUGAAAUGUAUCUUGUCCAUGAGUCUUCCACUCGUCGAGCAUCGCGCGACGUUUGCAGUCAACUCACUCGUGCGAUUGCCAGGCAAGGUCGUUGAUGGCAAGACACAACCUCCCAAAGUCUGCGGUGGUGAAGAUCUCAUUAUAACAGCAACGGAUGAGUCGAUUCGCUUCUUCAAGAUUUGGGGGAAGAACAGGGGACAGGUGUAUGCGAGUCUUGGACUUGGUGGUGGGAAAGUUGUGCAGGAUGAGGAUUUGGGUGGUGAAUUGAGCGGUCUUGACUUGCGCUAA